UCAGUCAGUGCUUGGUGAAGCAUGGAGGAGCAGCUCCUCCUCGGUGCUGCCGAGAAGAUCCCAGGAGGCGGCGGCGAUGGUGAGAGCUUGGUGCUGUGCGAGGUGAAGAAACAGGUGUGCCUCGCCGGGCCUCUGAUCGUGGGGUACCUCCUGCAGAACGUGGUGCAGAUGAUCUCCGUGAUGUUCGUGGGCCACCUCGGCGAGCUCGCACUGUCCAGCGCCUCCGUGGCCACCUCCUUCGCCGCGGUCACCGGCUUCAGCUUGCUGUUCGGCAUGGCGUGCAGCCUGGACACGCUGUGCGGGCAAGCCUUCGGAGCGGGGCAGCACCACAUGGUGGGCGUGUACAAGCAGCGGGCGAUGGUGGUGCUGGGUCUGGCAAGCGUCCCGGUGGCGGCGCUGUGGGCCUACACGGGCAAGAUCCUGCUCUUGUUCGGGCAGGACCAGGAGAUCGCGGCGGGCGCCGGCAGCUACAUCCGGUGGAUGAUCCCGACGCUCUUCGUCUACGGGCCGCUGCAGUGCCAGGUCCGGUUCCUGCAGACGCAGAGCCUCGUGGUGCCGGUGAUGCUCAGCUCCGGCGCCACGGCGCUGAACCACGUGCUGGUGUGCUGGGUGCUGGUGUACAAGCUCCGCAUGGGGAGCAAGGGCGCCGCCGUCGCCAACGCCAUCUCCUUCCUCACCAACCUCUCCAUCCUCGCGCUCUACGUCAGGCUCUCGCCGUCCUGCAGAACGACCUGGACUGGGUUCUCCCGCCAGGCGUUCCACGGCCUCCUCGGGUUCCUGAAGCUCGCCGUGCCGUCCGCUCUCAUGGUGUGCAUGGAGUGGGGAUCAUUCGAGCUGCUGGUGCUGCUCUCUGGCCUCCUCCCUAAUCCCAAGCUCGAGGCGGCCGUUCUGUCCAUCUGUUUGAACACAAACGCCUUCGCGUUCAUGGUGCCGCUCGGACUCGGCGGCGCCAUAAGCACGCGCGUGUCAAAUGAGCUUGGAGCGGGGCGGCCGCAGGCGGCCCGCCUUGCCGCCCGCGUCGUCAUGAUGCUGGCGCUCGCCGUAGGCGCGUCGGAGGGGCUCCUCAUGCUCCUGGUUCGCAACGUGUGGGGGUACGCCUACAGCAACGAGCAGGAGGUGGCCGCCUACAUUGCCCGGAUGAUGCCCGUCCUGGCCGUGUCCAUCCUCUUCGACGGCCUCCAGGGCGUCCUCUCAGGUGUGGUUAGGGGCUGUGGACAGCAGAAGAUGGGCGCCUGCGUCAACCUCGCCGCGUAUUACCUCGUCGGUAUCCCUGUAGCAUUAUUUGCCGCCUUUGUCUGCCAUCUUGGAGGAAUGGGGCUUUGGUUCGGAAUACUGUGCGGCUUGGUGGUGCAGAUGCUCUUGCUUCUCGCAAUUUCCUUCUGCGCAACCAACUGGGAGAAAGAAGCGAUGAGGGCAAAGCACAGAGUCUUCACUUCUUCGCUGCCCGGGGAUAUGGCAACGGACGGCCAAUGCGACAGAUCCACGGGCACAUCUUCCAAGAGCUCCAAGCUCCCAGUGUUGGAAGAGCAUGUGGUUGGGCCUACAAAGGCAGUCCCCCUCCGCCCGCCGUCUCCUCCUCGACCCAAACAGCCUAAACCCUCGCUCCCCUCCGCGCACGGCGGCGCCGCACCCGAGCCACCGCCGGAGAUGUCGCUCUCCAAGCAUCUCUCCGCGCGCCGCCUCGUGCCGGCGCUCUUCCCACUCGCCCACGCGGACGCCGCCUCCGCCGCGGCCUCCCGCCGGGCGCGCCGCCGCGACGCGUUCGUCUCGACGCCCCCAGCGCCGCCGCCCUCCCCGAGCUCCGUGCGCCUCGCGGAGCCCCUCCCCUCGCUGGCCCCCUCCCGCCUCGCGCUCCACAACCGCAUCCUCGCGCUCCUCUCCCCACCCGCCGCCCCCGCCCCCGCCCGCGACGACCUAGCCGAGGCAGCGCUCCUCACCCGCCACGCGCUCCACUCCAACUGCCGCCCCUCCUCCUUCACCUGCGUCGCCGUCCUCGCCGCGCUCCUCCGCGCGCGCCGCCUCGACGACUUCUUCGCGCUCCACCGCUUCUCCAUCCAGGCCGCCGUCGCGCCCACCGCCGCCACCCACGCGCUCUACCUCUCCGCGCUCGCCGCGCGCCGCCUCCCCGACUCCGCGCUCCUCCACCUCCGCCAGAUCGCCCGCGCCGGCUCCCCAGUGCCCCCCUCCCCGACCGCCUACCGCGUGGUCGUCAAGUGCCUCGUGGCGGACCACGGCCGCCUCCACCACGCCAUCGAGCUCAAGGACGAGAUGCUCGCUUCCGGGUUCGUCGGGCCGGAUCCCCAUGUCUACAGCCUCCUCAUGGCUGGAUGCGUGCAAGCCGGGGAUGGGGCAAAAGCCGUGGAGCUGUACCAGGAACUGCAGGACAAGCUUGGGGGCGAGCCGGUUCUCGAUGGCAUCGUGUACGGGAGCCUCAUGAAGGCCUACUUCCUCAUGGGGAUGGAGGAGAAGGCCAUGGAGUGCUACGAGGAGGUGCUCGGUCCGGAGUCGGAGGUGAGGUUUGGGGCAGAGAGCUAUAAUGAGGUGGUGGAUGCACUCGGGCAGAACGGAAGGCUAGAGGACGCACUAAAGCUGUUCGACACAAUGCUUGCGGAGCAUGACCAUCCGCUGAGGAUUGCGGUUGAUGUUAGAAGCUUCAGCGUGAUGGUGGAUGCCUACUGCGCUGCUGGUAAGUUUGAGGAUGCGAUUGCCGUGUUCCGCAGGAUGGGAGAGUAUAAGGUCAUACCAGAUGUAGCAGCAUAUAAUAACCUGAUUCGGCAUCUCGGGCUUAAUCCUCGGUUGGCGGAUGAGGCAGAGGUGGUCCACAAGGAGAUGGGCGAGCAUAGUCUUGUUGCAGAUGAGGAAACACAUGUGCUGCUUAUGGAUGCGUGCUUCAGAGCUGAUCGCCCUGAUGAUGGUGUCAGUUACUUCGACAAAAUGUCCGAGUUGGAGUUGAAGCCUGAGGCAUCGCACUAUCAUAAGAUUGUCGAUGGCUUGGUCGGUUUAAGUUUGCUUGACAAGGCUCAGGAGUACUUUGAUCAGAUGAGGGAGAAGGAAAUUGGCCCAAGCAUUGCAACCUACGAGACACUGCUAAAGGCUUAUGUUGAAGUUACGCGGUUGGAUGAUGCAGCCAAGGUAGCAAAGGGUAUUCUGUUGGAUGAGAAGGUGAUUUUCAGAGAUGAGAUGAGCGAGCUUUUGGAAGGCGCAUUGCGUGGAGAGGGCAGGGAAGAUGACAUAGCAAAGCUAUAUGAAGACGUGGAGAGGGAGAAGGCCGAAGCAGCGGUGCGGGCGGCAGAAGAGAAGGCGAGGGCUGAGUCACAGGCCAGGGAAGAGAGGGCGGCAAGGAGGGCAGAGGCUGCUGCCAAGGAUGAGGCUGCGGCUAAAGCUAGUGCUGCUGCCAUUGAGGCUAUUCUUGGCCAUAGAAGGAGAACCGAGGGCGAGACAGAAGCAUCUGCAUCUACUCCGAAUGCUCUUGAUGGCGGGCUUCUCAGUAGGCUAGGCCUCAGGUCAUCUGGAGAAGGUGUUCUUCAAGACAUUCCUCCACUACGUGCUGAAACAAAAGGAGAUGGGCAGGAACAAUUUUGAUAUCCUUCGUUUGUUCUGGGCACUAAAUUAUAGGAUAUGCUUGUAGUUUCUUGUAAGAGCAUCAAUCAAUAUGAGCUCUGAUGGCUAUAAAUGUUUCAACUUCUGAUUGUAUCUCUGGUUGAGACUGUAACCACGAUUGAUGCAUAGAAAUAUGACAAAAAAGAACAUGCAGUUUUGAUGAAUAA